UAUGUUACAUGGAUAUCACACGUCAGAGAAUAUGUGAAUGGAAUACUUUCCUUAAGAAGUCGAUCAAUUUUUUUUCAAGUGAAAAAAAGCCAUAGCAACUCAUUUGAACCUAAUUUAAAAAAAAGUCUAAUUGAUUAAUUUUUCUAUUUUAUUAUUUCAAUCGACUAUUAGCUACCUGAUUUGAUAAUUUAAUUAACUUAAUUAGGUGAAGUAUUCUAUUUUUCAUCGUGUGCCUCGAUUUAGGCAUUGUCGUUGCUUUUUGAAACGUAUAGAUGUAAAAAGACAUUCUUUUCAUAUAAUUAAAUUACCAUUAUUAUUUAAUUAAAUUACUAACGGUGCGUCGUGAUUUUCUUCUCGCAGCGUUCACUAGGGAAUCAAUGUACGACGAUUAAAUUUGGAAUAUGAGAUGGCCAGACUUGUAACGAAUUUAACCAUUUAUUUAUGUCUACUAUAUAGUAUUAUUAGUGCUAAUGAGAAUGAUGAUAAUGUUGAUCAAAAUGUAGCAUCUAAGGUGGUUUAUAAGACACCUGAGAUUUCAGGUUUCGCAUAUUUGGUAGAAACAUUUGAUGAUGAAGAAAAGUUUAAAAAAUCUUGGAUUAUAUCAGAAGCCAAAAAAAACUCUAUAGAUGAAGAUAUAGCAAAAUAUGAUGGAAUUUGGUCUAUAGAAGAACCAAAAAAGCAUGCACAAGAAGGAGAUUUAGGAUUAGCCCUUAAAAGCAAAGCCAGACAUGCUGCUAUAUCCACUAUAUUAUCAAAACCAUUUUACUUCAAUGAUAGACCAUUAAUUGUACAGUAUGAAGUAAAUUUCCAAGAUGGCCAAGAAUGUGGUGGUGCUUAUUUGAAAUUGCUUACUUUAGAUCCAGAGCAUCAAGAUUUAAAAAAAUUUCAUGAUAAAACUCCUUAUACUAUAAUGUUUGGCCCUGAUAAAUGUGGAAAUGAUCACAAGUUGCAUUUUAUUUUUCGACACAAAAAUCCUUUAAAUGGUUCCAUAGAGGAAAAACAUUGUAAAAAACCACGAGAGCGCUUAGAAGAUUUCUUUAAAGAUAAGCAAUUUCACCUAUAUACUUUGAUCAUCCAACCAGACAGUAGUUUUGAAAUCAAAGUUGAUAAUAAGAUAGUAAAUUCUGGAUCCUUGUUGGACGAUUUUACUCCUCCAGUUAAUCCACCUUUGGAAAUAGAAGAUCCUACUGAUGUUCAGCCAGAAGACUGGGAUGACAGAGAAAAGAUUCCUAAUCUAUUUGCUGUCAAACCAGAUGAUUGGGAUGAGGAUGCUCCAGCACAAAUUGUUGAUGAAGAUGAUAUUAUGCCUGAAGGAUGGCUUGAAGAUGAACAACUAAUGAUUCCUAAUCCUGAUGCUAUCAAACCUGAAGAUUGGGAUGUUGAAAUGGAUGGAGAGUGGGAACCUCCAGAAAUUCCAAAUCCAAAAUGUGUAGAUGCACCUGGAUGUGGACCAUAUAAGCAAAAAAUGAAAAAGAAUCCUCGAUAUAAAGGCAAAUGGUCACCACCUUUGAUUAACAAUCCUAAUUAUAAGGGAAAAUGGAAGCCAAGGCUAAUACAUAAUCCUAAUUACUUCAAUGAUGAAAAUCCAUUCCAGAUGAUGCCUAUUUGUGCUGUGGGCUUUGAAUUGUGGUCAAUGUCUACAGACAUCCUUUUUGACAAUAUUCUCAUUACUGACAGUGAAGAAGUAGCAAAAAAAUGGACAGAUGAUACAUUCAAAGUACGUCGUGCUAGAAUUGCAGAGGAGAGUGUAACUUUAUGGGGUCGCAUAUUGAAAGCAACAAAUUAUAAACCAGGUUGGUGGGCGUUGUAUUUUAUAUAUUGCGCAAUACCAGUCACAUUUUACAUUUGGUAUCUACUGAAACGAGUUCGUGAGGAUAAAUACGAUUUAAAAGACGAAGAUAAACAACCUUUAGAAGCAAAUGAACAAACAGUACCAAAACAAGAAAAAACUGAAAAUCUACUGUCUAGUACUAAAACAGAGGAAAACACUGAAAAAGUGAAUGAAAAUGAAGAAAUUCUAGAAAGUGAAGAGAAUGAUAAACCAGCAAUAGGCGGCGAUGGGCCGCGUCGAAGAAAACCAAACAAAGAAUAGAAUGAAUUAAAACUAAGUGAAAGGAAUUCGUACUAUUAAGUUGGUCAGAUGAUCGAUCGUGGUAGAUGAAGCAGGUUACAAAUCUCAAAGAAACGGAAUAGGAAGAAAGAUAUCGAGUAAUUGCUUGUAUGUAUGUAUGUAUAUAAUAAAAAAAGUUAUGAAGUUAAGUGACGAAAGCGAUAAUAUUAAGCGCAGUUUAAAGACGAUUAUUUAAUCAGUUAUCUACAAUCGGUGGUAGGUUUAGUGUCAAAAAUAAUCAAAUGAAUUCGUGUUCAGUAAAUUUCUAUUUUACUGUGUGUAGAACAGA